GAAACGGCCGUAGCUAGAUGUAGUGUUAGUAGCGUGUAGUCGUGUUCGGGAAACGGUGGCACACGAUGAAGCUGCUGACGGGCGUUGGGCUGCUCGUGGUAGGGCUCGUGGGUAGUGCACUGUUCGGUGGUAGUCACUGUGCGCCUCAGCAACAAGGCCAAAAUCCUAAAUCGAACUUUCUCGUGGGUGAACAAUCGUCCGGUCGGGUUGGUACGGUGGAAAUCAACAGCAAUUCUGCUUUCAACGCAAGGACAACAUCGAACGCUGUUAUGAACCAACCACAAGUACAAUCCCGACCGAAACUGGUAACGAUACAGCAACCUCGCCCAGCGCCUCAAUUUGUGCCUCAAGUUGUAUCGAACCCGGUACAAAGGGUGCAAUCGGUUCCCGUGCAGCAACAACAGUCACAGUACGAGCGUGAGCUAGCCCAGUACCGGCAGGCACUGAUCGCUUACCAGCAGCAGAUGGCCACUCCACAGCCCCAAAUACAGACCCGCUUCUACCAGCCGGAACAGUACAUGGAGCCACAGCCAUACCAACCUUAUCAGCCUUAUCAACCACAACCAUUGCAACCACGACCAUACGCUCCACAACCAUACGCACCGCAGCCAGUCUACCAGCCCUACUCACCCUACUCGCAACCCGGCAGCUGGUACAGUAUGCCGUUUGGAGUGUCCGCUCGUCCAUCGUCAAGCUCAAGUCUGUUUGGUGGUCUUACGGAUGGUUUCCGCAGCCUUACGAGUGGGUUCGGACUCGGUGGGAUAGGUUUGGGAAUUUUAGGCUGAAUUGCGAAACUCUCCAAUGUUGUAGCCUAGUUUUAUUAAAGCGAGAUACAAGCGACAAACACCAAUGCUAUACGUAAAAGAACAUUAAACGUAUACCUGUGUUUAAAAUCACGUAUGAUCAAGUUGAUUUUGUUUUUUAUUUACAUUGUUCAUAGUCAUCAAAACGAGUCAAAAUGUGAUUUUUUUUUUUGCUGUUAUUGUUGUUGAUAGUAUUCAUUUUCUUUCGCUCGAUCAGCUGACACGCACGUUCGCACAGACGGCAACAGUGACCUUUCUGCUAGGUGUGAACAUGAGGCGUCUCUCGCUUAUUCGUUGGUAGUGAUCGCCGAUAAAUCAUUUGGCAACAUUCAUAAUCAAAUCCUUGAAUGGGAUGAUGAUUCACUGAUUUUUUUGAUAAUUGAUUGGAAGUAUAAAAUUUGAAAAUAGGCAAAAUGUUUUAAGAGAAGAAAUUCUGUUUUUCGGGUUCAUCGCUUCCUUCACAUAGUGCAGGCGUUGAAGUCUUUUGUACCGGACGAGGCUCAUGCUAUAGUUUUUACUGCAUUUAAGGACGAGAACGGUUCUUUUUUGUAUUAUUUUUGUAAAAUAAGGUGCAAAUAGUUUUGUUUUAUAAUAAAUUUGAAUUAAGUAUGACGAUCACCGUUACCGUUUUUAAAAAGAAAAAUGUACUUGAACCUAUAAGGACUUAUAGGGUAAGAGAAUUUAGGGCAUGAUUUGCUGUGGUACAAAUAGUUUUCAGAGUUCAUUUAAAUGCUCAAUCUUUGUUGAUUGCUAGUCAAUCAGCUUUUACUUGAUUCUUUUAUUUUAUUUUUUUCGAUUUAUAGUUGAACCCGUCACUAGCUCCUCUGCCACAAUCUAUUCUUGCAUGUUAAAACCCAAUUUCGUUAUACAAAGCUAGAAAAAAAUAGUAAAAUUAUCUACAACACGAGUCACGCGAUCGAUAGGAAUUAUUAGAAAAAAGUAUUAAAUGGAGCAUAACCUCGAAACGAAUAAUAGAUACGGGCAGCGGUACUUUCGCUACAACUGACGACACUUCUGCCACACACACAUACACAUACACAAGAAAAAACUAAACGAAGUGAAGGUCAAACCAUUUUACAACAACUGGCAUUGGAGUGGUCAGUGAUCCUUCUCCUUCCUCUGCUUGUUUGUGGUUGGAAUUUCAGCCUUUUAGCCCAAGGCACCAGAAAAAAACUUCAUUCAAAAAUCAUAAAAGGUUCGUUUCCUA